GGUAAUUAUAAAUGAUAUGCAUUAUGUGUUUUUCCCCGUCUGGUAUCACCUUUAGUACAUCUUGUGUUCAAUUGUAUGCAUAAUACAUUACAUCACUUUAAGAACACACCAUGUUUCAUUUCAAAUAUAUUACAUUACUUUAUGAACACAUUACCUUACACUUCUAUUAUAUUACACCAACUCGCUACUAUGCAUGUAUAUAUAAUUGAUAUAUGAAUAAAGCGGGCACUCGCAGCUUAACAUCUAAAAGAUGAAGUCAUUGUAUUGGCGACGAGAUAAUUGGAGCUUAUUAAGCACUGAAUAUACAGUUAACAUACCUUUUUUUUUCGUAUACGAACAAGUAUAUAUACAUAUACUUCAACUAAGGCGAUGCCAAGAAAUGAUUCUGCUAACGGAGCGGGUUUUGUGAUAAAGGCGACGAAUGCGCCGGAAUUCUGCCCCAGCACGGAAACUUGGAGCAUCUGGAAAGAAAAAUUAGAAAUCCAUUUUAGUGAAAUAAAUUGUACUGACGACAAUGCAAAGAAGGCGGUUUUACUAAAGUUAGUAGGAUGGGAGCCGUGCACUCUUUUGCACAAUUUGUGUGCUCCAGAUUCCGUGUCGAAAACGUUCAAGGAAUUGUGUAGCCGAGUCAAAAACGUUCAAGGAAUUGUGUAGCAUUUUAAAUACUUACUACACACCGCCAACAAUUGUGUUUCAUGAGCGCAAAUGUUCCACAAAUCUACCAAAGGCAGUGAUGAAUCGAUUUCCAUGUGGUACGCUAGAGUAAAAAAGUUAGCACUGAACUGCAAAUUCGGUGAGCAUUUAAACGCAUUUGUUUUAGACCAAUUUAUCAUGGGCUUACCAGAAGGAAUCUUUGAAAGAUUGUGCGAAGAAGACGCGCACUUAACCCUUGAAACUGCACUCAGGAAGGCAUUGAUAAUGGAAUCAAAGCAAACUUCAAAAGUUAAUCACGCGGAAGAGUCUAACGUCAAUUACAUCAAACGGAGUGCAAGCAACAAGCAUAUACGAAGCAGCGGUGGAGAUGGCGGUACCAGUGCUGAACGGCCUAAGGGAAGCAACGACAGGAACAAAAAAGGCACUUGCAACAACAAAAAGACGUCACAUGUUGACAGAGGCUACAGGAAAGCUUGUUCACACUGUGGCUGGCGAAAUCUUGACUCGUAUCAAUGCAAAUUUAAAAACAGCAAAUGUCACGCUUGUGGAAAAGCAGGAUACUUGGCAUCUGUGUGCUAUUCUAAGUCUAAUAAAGCUAUUAAUUACUUAUCCGAUUCUGAUGAGAGUAGCCAGGUAGAUUCUAAUGAUAAUUUAAAUUUUUCUGUUUAUGGCGUAUCCGGCAGGAGUCCAUAUGAUGUUCACUCAUUACCAUUGAUGGUGCGAAAUUGGAAGUUGCUUGUGACACCGGUGCUCGGUGUAGUUUGAUCCCACUGUCACUCUUCCAGAAUUGGCAUAACGAAAGAAUAUUGAGGCCAUGUAAAACUCCGUAUGUAUAUUAUAGUGGGGAUAAAAUCGAUUUAUCCGGUGAGUACGAUGCUGAAAUAACGUAUCAAGGUACCACAAAAAUGGUUUUAGUUGUAGUUACAAAAACGAAAAAUCCACCGUUGCUACGACGAAC